UAUAAAUAUCUUAUACUCAUACCACAUAAAUUAAGAAUACACGAAAUGGAAAGAAACUCGUUCACUUUUAUGAAUCCCGAAAAAAUAUCAGCUCUUAAUUUUUGAAAAACUCUUGAUAUGAAAUUCUAGUUAAGAGUAAAUGAGAAGAACAUGUAGACGAUCAUGCACUCAGCCCAGCUCACCGAAUUGCUUAAUGAAAUAGUGUUAUUACGCGAUUCCAGCAUUAGAGGUUGUGUUUCUACUAUGGCUGCAGUUACGGAAACAUCAAUUAUACACAUCAAGCUAGUGCCCGCUGAAACAGUUGAGGAGCAGAAACAAAAUAUAAUAGCUAAUGUUGUUAUCGAUGGUCACGGUUCAACACUGCCAUACAUUGAUGACGCCAUCAUAACAACCAAAGUUUCAAAGUUGGGUGAAACAAAGUCGGAGGAACAACCACGUUUACGCUACUAUGCUGUAGGACCUUCAACAUAUCGUAUUCGUUGCCCUUUGUGCAGACAAGAUGGCAAUGCAGCUGUUCUGCGUAAAGGUGGUUUUAAAGAUAUUAGCUGUUGUUUAUCCAUGUUGUCUUGCUGUUUUCCCAUAUUUUGGAUAUGUUGUCUAUGUACUUGGUGUGGUUGUAAUCAAGAAUGCAGUACAAAGGACUGCUACUGCAAUAAGUGUGGAGGAAAACUGGGUAUUCAACAAAACUAAACAUAGCGAAAAAAUUCUACAAAAAAUAUAAAGUUUUUUUUUAUAUUAUGGAAAUAUUAUAUUUUAUUUACAUAUAAACUUAUAAACAUAGAAGAAAUUCCAAUCGAUUUUAAUUUUAUUCAGAUAUUUUGAUGUAUGCAUUUGGACUAUAUUGUAUUAUU